GAAAGUGGACGAAGCUUCGGAGCGAAGCGGAAAGUGCGGAACUCAGAACCUGCGUCACGUGUCGACGCGUCUUUCCUCCCGAGUCUCGAUCGAGAUCCUGGAAAAGUUUGUGGAAUAAAAACCAAAGAAUCCGAGUUGGUCCCCGAGGCUCCGCUCACACUGAAGCCGGGUUCCGGUCACUGAGGGCGGCUGGAGCGAGUGUGACAGGCCGGAGAGGAGUCCCGAGCACAUCACCCCCCCCCCCCCCCCCCCGAUGCCCUCUAUGCCCCCCCUCCCCCCCGGAUAUAAAAUCUCCCCCCGAAAGUGAAAGUGCAAGGAGGACAGUCAGAUCAGGAAACGUCCCAGAGAGUCCUCACUGGGUGUCUCCUGUCUGAGCGUCUCCCAGGGGGCGGGGCCACGUCUCCUCCGCUCAGCAUGGCGCUCUGACGAGGCGGCGGGACCUUUAAAACCAGCAGGUUUGAAGAGGAGGAGGAGGAGGGAGCAUGGGGAAGGAGCAGGACCUCCUGCAGGCGGUGAAGAGCGGAGACCUGACGUCCACCCAGAAGCUGCUGUCCAAACUGAAGAGCAACAGAAACAAGCUGCUGGGCUCCACCAAGAGACUGAAUGUGAACUACCAGGACUCCGACGGGUUUUCCGCCCUGCACCACGCUGCUCUCACAGGGACGUCCGUCCUGCUGUCCGCUCUGCUGGAGGCGCAGGCCAGCGUGGACGUCAAGGACAGCAACGGAAUGCGUCCGCUGCACUACGCAGCGUGGCAGGGGAAAGCCGAGUCCGUCCUGAUGCUGCUUCGCUCCGGAGCCUCGGUCAACGGCGUCUCCCUGGACGGACACAUCCCGCUGCACCUGGCUGCUCAGUACGGACACGAUGAAGUGUCUGAGAUGCUGCUGCAGCACCAGUCGAACCCGUGUCUGGUGAACAAGGCCAAGAAGACGCCUCUGGACCUGGCCUGUGAGUUCGGACGAGUCAAGGUGGCCCAGCUGCUUCUGAGCAGUAACAUGGUGGUGGCGUUGUUGGAAGGAGAGAGGAAGGAGCCGACAGACUCGGCCUUCACGACUCCGCUGCACCUCGCCGCCCGAAACGGUCAUAAAGACAUCAUACGGCUGUUGCUGCAGGCCGGUAUCGACAUCAAUAAAACCACCAAGUCCGGUACGGCGUUGCACGAAGCUUCUCUCUACGGUAAAACGGAGGUGGUGCGCCUGCUGCUGGAUGCCGGAGUGGACGUCAACAUCCGAAACACCUACAACCAGACGGCGCUGGACAUCGUCAACCAGUUCACCACGUCCCACGCCAGCAAGGACAUCAAGCAGCUGCUCCGAGAUGCGACGGGGGUGUUGCAGGUCAGGGCCCUGAAGGACUACUGGAACCUCCACGACCCCACCGCCCUCAACAUCCGAGCCGGUGACAUCAUCAUGGUGAUGGAGCAGCACGUGGACGGACGCUGGAAAGGACACAUCCACGACAGCCCGAGAGGGACGGACCGGGUCGGCUUCUUCCCCCCGUCCAUCGUGGAGGUCAUCAGCCGGAGGAACGGGGGCACCCUGUCCCGGCACGCCUCUCUGCCCACCCAGCGCCAGCAGCUGCUGUCCAGAGCCCCCCUCUCCUCCAGCCUCAGCUCCGCCCCACAGACCGACGACUCCUACACUCUGUACGCACCCCCCACCCAUGUGGGGCUGCCGCUCGGCAACGGCCUCACUACCAGCACAGGUUUGUCUCCGAGCCGCCUGUCUCAGUCUGGGUGUCCCUUCGAGGACAUCUGGGUCCUCAGAGACUCGUGUCAUGCCGGCGACAGGAACAGCGUUGGGAGCACUGGGAGCGUGGGCAGCACCCGCAGCGCCGGGAGUGGACAGAGCACCGAGAGCAGCCACGCCCCCAAUGGCUUCCCCCCCCACAGCGCUCACCAUGACACCAAUGCCAACAAGGCAGCGCCCCCUGCUGCUGAUUCUGGGAACUCGGAUCACAGCGACCUGCACGACCUCCCUGCAGGUGGAGCUCCUCGGAGACAGACGGUGACGGUGCAGAAACCCGCGGAGCAGAGCUUCUCUCAGCAGUUCGCUCGCCCUCAGCAGCUGCUGGAGGGGAAGGACGCUGAGGCCAUUUACCAGUGGCUGAGUGAGUUCCAGCUGCAGCACUACACUGGGAACUUCCUCAGUGCUGGUUAUGAUGUACCCACCAUCAGCAGGAUGACUCCUGAGGACCUCACGGCCGUCGGCGUCACCAAACCAGGCCACCGCAAGAAGAUCUCCAUGGAGAUCAGCGACAUGAACAUCCCCGAGUGGCUGCCUGAGUACAUCCCAUCGGACCUGGGCGAGUGGCUCAGCGCCAUCGGACUCCCUCAGUACCACAAGAAGCUUUCUGACAACGGCUACGACUGCAUCAGCAUCGUCAAAGACCUGAGCUGGGAGGACCUGCAGGAGGUCGGCAUCCUCAAGCUCGGACACCAGAAGAAGCUGAUGCUGGCGGUCAGGAAGCUCUGUGACAUCCAGAGGUCGAUGCUCGGCGCUGAGUCCGGCCACGACACGCUGAGACGCAGAGGCCCCGGCGCUCUCCACCUGGUCGCCAUCGAACCGGCCGACUCAGACUCCUCCCCUCGCACCCCAAAGAUGCUGACCUUCCAGGACAGCGAGCUGAGCGCCGAGCUGCAGACGGCCAUGUCCAGCCAUUACGGCGACUGCGAGGACGGUCUGGCCAUGAAGAACGCCGUGGGACUGUCCCAGAGCCAGGAGAGCAUCGACACCCGGUCCAGAGGCUCCGGCCGCUCCCAGGAACCUCCCACAGCCUCCGUCACCCCCCACAGCUGGUCGCAGGAGAGCCUGGACGACGCCUCGGCCAAGGAGAGGAACCUCCCUGAGGGCUGGGACCAGAGGCCCAAGCAGGUUCCUCUGGGAACCGCCACCGUGUUCAAGUACCCCGCCAUCCCGGCCAAGCCCCGCCUGUCGGGAUCUCGUGGCCCCUCCCCUCAUGGCUCGCCAGCACUGAAGGGUUUCAGUUACCUUCAUUCUCACUGUGGCUCCACAGAACUGAGCUCCUCCCCUCGCCGUGCGGGCCACGCCUCCACCCUGACUCCGCCCAAGAAACGCUCCCAGAGCAAAACCCGCUACGCUCUGUCAGACGGCGAGCCUGAUGAAGACGAGGAGGAGGAGCACGCCGCCCACUCAGGAAACCUGCCGUCCUACGCCACGCUGACCCGCAAGCCGGGGCGCAGCCAGCUGGCUCGACUGCGGUCGAGUCCAGAGAAGAGCGGCGGCGUGGGGCGGAGUCAGUCCUUCGCUGUGCGCGCCCGCAAGAAGGGUCCCCCUCCACCCCCCCCCAAACGCCUGAGCUCAGUCAGCAGCACCACGAGCGGCGAGCUGAGCGACAGCAGCACGUCUUCAGGCCGGGUGGUGACCGACAGUCCGGGCAGCGUGAGGAGCAUCACUGAUGCUCUGGAAGGAAGCCUAGAGGGGAGGGGCUCCCCAGGACCCACGCCAGAGCCGGGCCACCAGGAGGCGCCCUCCCUCCUCUCUGCAGGACAGGAAGUGAGAGAGGCUCCAGGGGUGAGGAGGAGGGCGAAGAGCGAGUGCGUCCCCCCCCACAGGGGCGCCGAGCCCGACCGGGGGGGGAAGUCGGACUCUGAGGAGGACGGACCCAAAGGCCUGGCGAGCUCCUCGUCUCCUCACAACAGCUCCAGCGAGUGCCUCCCCUUCGCCGAGGAGGGAAACCUGACCAUCAAACAGAGGCCCAAGGCGCCGGGGCCCCCGAGGGCCGAGGCCGUGCUGGAGCCUCCGGACCCGCACGCAGCCAAGAACCUGGAGGUGCCCGAGUUCAACCUGAAGGAGUCGGACACGGUGAAACGCCGACAGAAGCCCAGAGACAAGGAGCCGGGGGGGGGCUCCCCCAGCCGGGAGGAGGCGGGGCAGCCGGGCUCGCCGGCCGGCAGCAGGCCUCAGAGCCGAGAGGGCGUCGCCCUGAGGAUCAGUGACACGGGUGUAGAGCGGCCGGCCAGUCCGGCUACAGGGUCACAGAUCAAACCCCCACUCUCUCCCAAACCCCCCAGUGUCGCCCCCAAACCUGUACGUCACAGUCUGCUGGCUGCACAAGCAGCUGGACCCUCGACUCCAGCUCUCACCAUCAGUGUGGUUCAGAGUUUGGCCUUCACCUCCUCCUCCUCCUCUCCGCUCCACGGGCCCCCGGCUCUGGCCCCGCCCCCGUCUUCAGCCCCGGCCCCUCAGAGUCCAUCUCUGACAGGGGCCAGGUCCCAGGUGUGCGUGGUCGGUCCGGAUCUGGUCCCGGAGCCGUCCUGUGGGACCGAGGUGGUUCAGCAGAGACUGGAUCAAACCAGCACGUCCCUGGAAGCAGCUCUGAAGGCUGUGGAGAGAAAACUGAACCUGGACGACAACUCAGACGGCGGAGCAAACUCAGUGAAGUCUGCAGGAACCAUCCUGGACGACAUCGGCAACAUGUUCGACGACCUGGCCGACCAGCUGGACGCCAUGUUGGACUGAGGACUCCUCCUACAUCUAUAUCAAAAUAUAUUUAUAUAUAUCCAGCCUCAAGCUCAGGAAGGGAAGCACAGAGAGAGAGAAGGGGGAAGGAGGGAUGAUGGAGGGAUGAGGAGGGAUGGAACACCAGCGCUUCUUCUCCUCCUGUCUCCUUCAGACUCUCAAACUUUCACUCAGGUCUGGUUCGGUUUGGAACCAGCAUCUUCUCCUCGUGUCUUAUCGAACAGGAACCAGACGCUGGAGCAGCAUCUUCACAUUAUCAUGGUUAUUGUUAAACACUAAUAUUGAAACAUGAAGUUUUAUUGUCUUGAUUUUACAGAGCUGAAGGCCUGACGUCUUUACUGCCACUUCCUGUUCCUGAAGCAUGACACUUAACUCAAACCUUUACUGCCGGAUCACGUGAUGGAUCACAUGACUGCUCAUUCGCUAGAGGAGCCGCUUUGCGUCUUAUAGCUCAGUUUUGGUUUUUGUGUUUUCAUUAAAUUGUCGCGUGAAUUAGGAAGUUGCUGUGUAGUGUGGUCAGAAGGGGGCGCUGUGGGUCAGGAAACAAAUCCAGACGCUGAUCAACCAGAGAAGAUGUAAUAUAAGGGGAGGAGUGGAAAUGGUUCUUUCUUCUUCUUUGAUUUCUCUUAAGGCAGAAACAGCUGAUCAGUCAGAGUUUAAUGUUUUCUUGGAUAGAACUUAUUCAUAAAAGAGCGUUAACUCCUUUUAUUUAAGUCAAAAACUGAAAGUAAAAAACUUUGAUUGAUGACAGUUCUUUUUGAAAUGUCAAUGUUUCCCAGAAACUGUUUUGAACUGAUGUCUCCAAACUAACAUCCAGUCAUCCUGUCAGAACAGCUCCUCCCUCUGAAGGUGGAGGAGACCAAACAUGGAGAUAAAAGAGGAAACACUUAAACUUUAUCCUAUCCUCCAACCUCCAGCGUCUCUAACUGUCUCUUAGUGGAUGUUGCUGCAGCGCCCCGUGUGGCCCUGCAGCUUGUUGCAGUUUUAUAUUUGGAUUCAGCUGCAUUUCUUUUUCUUUGUAAACCACUACAUCAACUAGAGGGAAUAGUUAAAACUGACAUAUUAUGAAUAAAUAUAGAUAGAAUAUAUUUAAUAGUUUCCUCUUUCAUGAUCCAAACCACAGACUGAAUACGAGUCUCACUUCCUCCAGCAAAGAAGCUAAAAUAUCUCACAUAGGAACGCUGCCAUCUUGUGGUGAGGUCGUCAUUUGGAGUCAGGGUCUGUGCAGUAGUGAUUGAGCAGCCGGCCACCAGAGGGCGAUAGAGACGCUUUGGCUUCACUUUUGGGAACAAUCAUGUCGUCCAUCUUAACAUUAUUGUCGUUAUUUCUGGACGUUUCAGUUUCACUUCUGGAUCGAACUCGUCUGUACAUUUCAAAUGUUACAUUGGAAAUAUUUAAGAAGAAAAAUCUAUUUUAUACCAAUUGAUCCUUAACCACGUGUUCUUCUUCCACCUUUUCUACAAAUGUGUGUUUGUUUGAAUCAACCUGUGAAAACAGAGUUUAAACAAAGGAAAGAGAAGCAUGUUCAGCUCAUUUCAUUUUCGUUCAGUGUCAUGAACAUAAUAUACAGACUAUUUUUUGAUAUUUUAGCCACAUUAGUAUUUAAAUGAGAGUUAUCUAAAUAUGUUUAUUGAACACUAAAGGUAAAUUCAGGAGCAGAUAUUCAACCAAAGGUCUUUGCACAGAAAUGUUCACAUAUUUACUUUUAAGAAAACAGAAUCCUGAGCUUCCUCCUUGUUAUUCCAGCUUGUUUAUGAAAUGUAUUUAGCAUGUACUAUUGAACAUUUUUAUCUGAGGAGAACAUUGUUAAAACUGGUGUGUUUGGUUUUGUCCUGUGAUCAUGUGACCUCUGUGAGAAAGAGACGUUCUGUGUUCGUCAGCUCAGAGUCUCAGGAAAUUCCCCUGGACCUGAACGCAUCGCAGCUCCUGCUCAAAGUGUGGAAGGUGACAAACACCUUCUUUUGUACGUUGAUGUAAAUACACGUCUUUAUAGUAUAUGUAUAUUUACUGUGGCCUGAUUAAACUGUUGUAAAGGAAAA